GCGUUUGUUACCCAUUUCAAUCCAUUUCCGAACUUUUAAAAGGUCUUCUCGAAAAGGAGGUUUCGUUCUAAUUCCAUGGUGACUCUACACCUGAUGGUGAUAUAGCUCUACACCUGUCGUCUCAGAUCAUACAGAACGCCACGUAAGCCGGUGAAGCAAACGUUUCAUGCCGGUCCACAUGGGUGCUAACUCGAGUUGUUUCCACUUCACCGACUGGUUAGCGCUUGGAACGGUGUCCAGGCCUCUGUACGCUACCAUGAUGGCGAUAAAUUGCAUCACGAUUAUCCCUGCUAUUUUACUGAAUGCGUUAAUCGUUGUCACAAUUUUUAAGACGCAAUCUCUGAGGGCAUCACCAAGUAUGGUUAUCAUUUGCAACAUCGCCUUGUCUGACCUGGUAGUUGGAAUACUCGCACAGCCAAUCUUUAUCGCCUGGAUUACACUCGAGUAUUUCGAUAAAACUGGUUGUAAUUGUGCUUUAGCAGUAUCCUUUGGCCUCUCAUCUACUUUAUUUGCUGGUGUUUCGCUGUUAAAUGUGACUACAUCGAGUGUAGAUCGUUAUCUUGCUCUCUACUUUCAUCUGCGUUACCUUACCAUCGUCACAACCCGGAGAGCUUGCAUUACGUGUGCUGUCCAUUGGCUGGGUGGUGCUGUUAUAUCUUUCAGCUGGAUUCCUUUUGGUUUUAUUAUUUAUAGUUACAUUAUAGCUACCUCAAUGGCAGUGUGUAUACUUAUUACCAUAUUUUGCUACACUCUCGUUUUCAAGACCCUCAGACGACACCAGCGUCAAAUUGAUACUCAAAUGAUGAGUAAUUGCAACGGGGACACUACUCUACCCACGAACAAUGUCCAGAACUUCAAACGCUUUAAGAAAUCUGUUUUCAUCGCGUUGAGCAUCUUUGGUGCUUUUCUGUGGUGCUACCUACCUUGUUUGUGUACUCUUGUCUCCAUAGCAAUGAAAGGAUACUCCCUUUCACUUGUGAUAGCUCUGAAGUUUUCGGUGACUGUGGUUUUCAUAAAUUCAGCUCUGAAUCCUCUGUUGUUUCUGUGGAAAGUUUCUGAUCUUCGUCUAGCACUUCUUAACAUUUUCUCAAAGUUGUUUCAUUAAAACAAA